AUGUCGAAGCGUAAUAGUCCGUCGGCUAAAGGAACCAAAAAGGCUGGGAAAAAGGGCAAAAAAGGUUCAAAAGGUUCUGAUGUGAAUGAUGCUAAAAUUGAAGCAUUAAUUCACGAACGAGACGAGAUACGUACAAAAUUAGAUAUUCUUUGUACAAGAAUAAUUGAAAAUGUUAAUACCGAGGAUUUUUCCGACUAUAAAGACAAAACGAAGAAUACAUACCCAUCCGAUUGUCCAAUUCAAACUCUCUUAGCGAUGAUCGAUCAAAUAUGUCAAUUUCGAGUUGCGUUUCUUAAUUUAUUCAGUGAAGUAGAUGAUGAAAUACGUAUACCGAUCACUGAGAAAAUAACACAACUAGCCAUUGAAAAGCCAGCAUUAUUCCGAAAAAAAUUAAAGCCAGAACAACGAUUAGCAUUUGUUAUGACAGAACGAGAUACGUGGAAAGAAAAUGCGCACAUUUUACAAAUAAUGUAUGCGACAAUUGGUGCGCUGAACAAACAAAAUAUUAAAGUAUCGGAUAUAUUAGCAUCACAUCGUUUGAAUUUAGCCGACGUCUGUCUCAUAUUCAAUUCACCUAUCAUUCAUUCGAUUAACGAAGCACAAAAAUUACGGGCAAAAAAAGAUCUUGAUAACGAAUUAGAUGAAUUACGAGAAAAACACGCAUUUUUCGAUAUAACAAAUAGUGAAGGUACACGAGAACCACAACAAUCAACAUUCAUAUCACGUAAUAUAGCCGAUACAUUCACGAAUUAUCCAAAUAAUAGUUCAAAGAAACAACUGAGAAUAACUGCACAAAGUCAAAAUACAAUUGAGGUUGAUUAUGAUCAACAAGAACAACAACAAAAACUACAACAUCGACCUCAAUCUAAACGAUCUGUUUCAUUUGCUGAUGAAGUAAAUAUAUUAAACGAAAAUGAUGUAUCUAAUAAUGAUGAACACUUUGAUCAUAAUAGUAAAACAUUUCUGACAGAACACUCUCAUACAAAUCUAUCGUUAACAAAUUCAUCCAUAACUGAUGUACAAUCGGACGCUUUUAAAAUAAAUGAUUAUGACCUAAGUGAUCGAGGAUCAUCUAUGUCAUCAUCGUCUACAUCAUCCUACAAUUAUCCAUAUUCAUCUAGUCGAAAUCAGGAGCGAUUAAAACCAGCAACAAUGUACAGACGAUUACCAUCAGCUACAACGACACAAGUGACAAAAAUGGAUCCAAAUUUAAAAAUGUUAAUUAUUAAAGAAUUAAGCAAAAAACCACCAGCAAAUGGUUCACGUUCGGGUAUUAUAUUUUCUUCAUGA